AAGACUACCUGUCGUUUCUUUCCCCUAGCCCCAUCAGGAUCCUUGGAACCGCAAAACAAUUUAGGGUUUAUCAGACACCUUGUAACACCUUCUCUGACAAGGAAGUAUUAGAGGAAUAAGCUUGAUCAAGCAAGCUGUUCACAGAUUCGAAGUAACGUUCGCGGAGACAUACACAUCCCAGCUCUCCCUCCUCCCUCUCCCCCCCCCCCGAAAACAUAAUUCGGCCCACUGGCGAGGCCUAAUGGAAGAUGUCCCACUGCCCUCCGCGGCAAACAAUGAGUUUGCAGUCGGUGAUGCUUCUGGCGGCAACUAUCAAAUGCACGCUAUGAACGAAGGGCCCUCAUCGUUACCACAAGGCCCAAAUCCUACGAAUAACAACGUCAUGUAUCAACCUCAGUAUCAACAACUCUACGGCCCGUCUCCGAACACGUACCCUAGCCAGCUCGAGAUGGCACACGCCCAAGGAUCGAGCCGACAAGGACCUUACAGCAUGUCAGCGAUGGCCAACGCGCUGCCGCAACCUAGGUAUCAGCCCAACUACAACUCAGGACAACAACCGCAGCGAUUCAGUAACGCCCCAUCAUCCAACAUGAUGCCAACCAUCGCGCAAAUGGCGCAGUUUCAACUAGGUGCUCAACCUUACUACGUAGCCCAACAUCCGCAGAUUUCGCCGUACUACAAUACCCAUCUAUCGCACACACAACAACAACAGCAUCAGGCGCAGCAGCAGUCAAACAUGUCCCCACGGCAUAGCGUAAACUACUACUCGAGUCCGGUCAUGAUGAAUCAGCCGGGUCUUACCGGUUAUUAUUAUCCCCCGUCGAACCAGUAUCAAUCUCCGCACUCGACAAUCCAAGGUCAGAUGGCUCCGGGACAGUAUUUGAUGCCAGAUGGCGCAUCGAGUGACACGCGGGGUUCGUCGUCGUCUCUUGGGACUCAUGAUCAUGGGGGUAGGGUUACAAAUUCAAGUCAAAGUGAUACUUCACCGGAAUCGCGAUCUAAUGUCGUUCGAGGACCUCCACGGAAGCCUCGACAAAGCGGACAUGCUAUCUGGAUUGGAAAUCUGCCUCCACAAACCGAUUUAAUGAGCCUAGUCCAUCAUGUUUGCAAAGAAGCAGCCGGGCUGGAAUCACUUUUCCUCAUCUCGAAGAGUAACUGUGCAUUUGCCAAUUUUGCAGAUGAUCCGAGUUGCGUUGCUGCCCAACAAAAACUUCACGAUUCGAAAUUCCAGUCAGUCCGGCUAGUCAGUCGACUGCGUAAAAGCACAGUCGAAGGGGCUGGAGGACAGACAGCUCCUACCGGACCAGCUGCAACAUCGCCUGGAGGACAGAGUACGUUGGCGGAAGUCACGAAAAGCCCUCCAAGUAAAACAACCGAGGUUGAAAUUUCGCCCUCCGAGACACCGCCAGAGUCCCGAAGCGGACCAAACAAUGAUGGGAAUCUUCAGAAAGACAAAUUCUUCAUACUCAAAAGUCUCACGGUGGAAGAUUUGGAACUAAGUGUCCGCAACGGCGUGUGGGCAACUCAGUCUCAUAAUGAGGAAGUCUUGAAUAAUGCAUUUACACUGGUGGAUAAUGUUUAUUUGGUAUUCUCUGCGAAUAAGUCUGGGGAGUACUUUGGCUACGCAAGAAUGACCUCACCUAUAAAUCACGACCCGGCAGCGGCCAUUGAAUUUGCCCCCAAGGUGCAAGCCACGAGCAGCCUAGACCUACCUAAAGCAAUCCCAACCGAAGCCACGGACAGUUGUCCGCGAGGACGAAUCAUCGACGACUCGGCCCGAGGAACUAUAUUCUGGGAAGUGGAACGGGAGGACAUGGACGCAGCUCUGGACGGGGAUGAGUCGGGAGGAGAAGAGUCAGCGGUUAGUGUGAGGAGUGGGCACGAAGGUGAAGGGGGCCCUAAUAAAGCAUGGGGGAAGCCAUUCCACCUCGAAUGGCUCUCUACUACGAGACUACCGUUCUACAAGACACGCGGGCUUAGGAACCCCUGGAACUCUAACCGAGAGGUGAAGAUCGCAAGAGACGGGACAGAGUUGGAACCGUCUGUGGGGAGAAGGUUAAUUGGGCUGUUCAACCGAAUCCAGAGCCCGGGCCCCAUCCCGACGGGCGCAAGGGGGGUCAUGUCGAUGGUUGCAGGAUAUCCGCCGCCCCCUUUGCCUCACAUACCGAUGACGAAUUGGUGAGCUGCGUUGCGUUUCUCGGUCAAAAGACACAAACAAGCGCGAGCCGCGGGGAAAAGCAAGAAAGAGGUGGGAAUAGAGAGAGAGAUGGAGCUUUAGGGCUCGGCUAGCCUAUUGCUGAACACGGCAAUAUGGCAUAUAAAGCAAACAAACAAAAAAGGGUUGCCAAAGUUAAUGUGCCUGCCUGCCUACCCAGGCUUGCUUUUACAACGCCUACAGCGCUACGGGGCUUGCUUCGUUGAGAGGGAAGAUUGUAUAUACACACGUUGAUAUUACUAUUUAUUUAUUUUUUCGCUGAUAAAAAA